GAUUAUAAUUAUUCAUGGGUUCCUGCCUCUCGCUCUUUCUCUUCCACAGCCCCACCGUGCUGAGUCAGUGCCUUAUUCAGUCUUCUCGCUUUCCACUGCUGUAGCUGGACUCCUUUCCAAGAUAGCCUUUGAGCUUCCGCACAACAGACAAUGGCUAAAACAGCAAUGGCCUACAAAGAGAAAAUGAAGGAAUUGUCUAUGCUCUCCCUGAUUUGCUCCUGUUUUUACCCUGAAUCACACAACCUUAAUCCCUACAAAUUUGAUGAUAUGGAAGUCAAACAGAUCAACAAGCGAGCCUCUGGCCAGGCUUUUGAACUUAUCCUUAAGCCACCUUCUCCCGUCUCAGAUGCUCCACGUCCCCUCACAUCCCCAAGAAAGAAAGAUCUCUCUCUUGAAGAAAUCCAGAAGAAGUUGGAAGCAGCAGAAGAGAGGAGGAAGAGUAUGGAAUCUCAGAUCUUGAAACAGUUAGCAGACAAGAGGGAACAUGAACGGGAAGUCCUUCAAAAGGCUUUGGAAGAAAACAAUAACUUCAGCAGGAUGGCAGAGGAGAAGCUGUUACUGAAAAUGGAACAGAUCAAAGAGAACCGAGAGGCGUACUUAGCUGCUCUGCUGGAACGUCUUCAGGAGAAGGAAAGGCAUGCCGCAGAAGUCCGCCGAAACAAGGAACUCCAGGUUGUCGAGCUUUCUGGCUGAGCAUCAGUAUCCAGUGUAACAUAACACCAUCAUUAGUAAACUUCCCUGCCAAUAUUAUUCUGGCUCAUGUGAUAUCAGUAAUGGGAAAUAUAUGACAUGGUUUGAAAAAAAAUGAACUCAGUUACUAUAAAAUAGUGAUGCAGUCUCUUUGCAGAAUGAUUUGCUUGAUGUUUAAACUGACUUGGAUCUUAUUUUGUAAAUACUUAACAUUUUUGUUAAAAAAUACAAGUAUUGCAUUAUGCAAGUUAUUUCAUAUUUUACAUGUCCUGUAACAGGCUUUGAUGUUGUCUGUCUCUACUCAGUUGAAAUUGCAUUAGAUGAAAUAUUUAGACUCCAGUCCCACAACAGUUCCAUCCCCCACUUUAGAUUCAUAAUGUAGAACAGAGCUUUAAGGUCAGUAGUUUUCCAGAGUGAGACCAGCAUACGUGUACAAUACAUUAUAAUCUGCAAACAUUGUUAGAAAAGUAACUAGAGAGAGCAGACACUUGUAUAAACCAAUAAUUUGCCAAAGCUUGCCAAGCAUAAUUUGUUGGCUUUUAGCAUUUUUUUUCUGUUUACAUUGUAGUUCAGAUGUGAUCUUUCCUAAUCAAAUAAUUUAAUAAUGAAUGAAAUCCACACUAUACUGUGCUUAAAGUGAGCAAGUGAAAACACAGAUUAACUUACCAGGUUUGCUCAAGUAAGUUAAAGUAACUGCUGGCAGUUCUUGGCAGUUCAUAAUUAACUAAACUAUGAAAAGAGAAAACACAUUCUGCUACUAGGCCAGUACUUUUUCCAAUUCUCUAAGGAAGAAUGACUGAUGUAAUACAUGUGUAUAUAUAUAUAUGUUUGUGUGUGUGUGUGUAUGUAUAACACAUGCAUGCAUAGUCUGGCCAGCUGGCCGAUACACAGUAGUGAGGAAUGCAUACAGCUAGGCUUGACGUGGUGCAAAAAUACUGGCAACUAAAUAUAGCACUGUUUUAUUAUUACAGAAUGAACAGUUGUGUUCAAUUAUUAAGUAGUUUAUGAACAGCAGUUAAUGUGCUAUUAUAAAUGACAUCUCAUACAACCCAUUUAUUUAUAGUACAGCUGCCAACCAUGUGAUCAAUGAUCUAGUUUUUGUAACAAUGUUACUGUUAACAACACAGACUGACCUGAUUUCUUUAGUUACGGGGAGCACAGUUCCAAAAUGUCCAUGGAAUUGUGAGGACUGGUGCUGCUGGGGUUGCCAGAAGGGGUGCUUGUGCCAAGUAUGGGAUUGCUAGUUAUCUAUAAAUUCUGAAAAAAAAAUGUGUUUAACUUGUACCUUGCCCUCCCCCCAGGGUUGCUGCCUGCCUUUUCGAUUUGUCAUUUAGUGCUGUUUUUUCUGUAUGUCAAUGUGAGCAACCUGUGAUUAAUAAACAGUUGGGAUUCUAUCAACAGGAA